CAUAAAUUAUGUGGAUUCGACAUGGAUAGCUUUUACAACGUAUGUUUUUUUGUCGUUGUUUAUACCGUGCUCUUAUAUGAUUUAUUUGUUUCAGAAAACGCGUGCACGUACGCGCAAUCAUAAACAAUCCGCAGCUAUGUGCCUAGCGUGCUGCAUAUGUUUUCCAGUUAGUUGGUGUCAGUAGAUGUCAGUUGCUUAGUAGGUGUUAGACAGUGCAUAUGCGAGGAUGUCGGCGAAUGAGAACGGGCUUAAUACGAUGACGACGAAGACCGCCACAACGGUCACGACGCCCGCCACAGCCACAAUGGUCACGACGUCCGCGACAGCCACGACGGCUACGAUGGCAGUGUCUGAAAAAAUUACCGGGGCGACAUCGACGACGGCAGCAAUGGCCACGACGGCGACCGAGCCAAUAACGUUAACAGUAAGUAUAAAAAUCUACGAGGGCAGUCUGAAAAAUUGGCGGCAGAAACCGAGCAAACUCUACGCGCAGACUCUACGUGUAGUUUGGCAGCAGGACUUGCGCGGUUUCUGCCGAUAA